AUGUUGUUCAUCCCAUGGCGGGAGAGGCCGGAGAAGCGGACGGGGCUCGCUCCCUCGUUGCAGGUGGUCGACAUGGUGAUCUACGGGACGCGCGGGACCGACGAGACGCUGGAGGUCCUCGCGAGCCUGACGGACGAGCAGGCGCGGGAAGUUGUCGAGGCGGUGUGCGUCGUGCUGGAGGACGGCGACAGCGACCGGCGCAGACUCGAGUACUUGCUCGGCACGCUCGGCUCUGAUGUGGUGUCGCGGGACGACGCGUCGGAGGCGGACGACCUGGGAUCGGCGCAGUCAGGCCACCCGCUGUGGGGCUGGCUCCUCGGGGUGGACAAGGAAGUCGCCUCGCGCAUGCUCUCGGCCCUCAUCAAGCUCGUCCGCGAGACCGACGCGUCCUCGGUGUUUUUCCGGGCGGAGUCGGCGCUCGCGGCGGCCACCGACGCCUCGCACCUCGACGGGCUGCACGAGGCGCUGCUGGAGCGCACCACGGAGCUGUACGACGCCGUGGCGCACCGCAUGCUGGACAAGCACGCCUUCAGCGACUCCUUCAUGAGCCGGGGCAGGCGCAUCCCGCAGGAGGCGAUCGAGAUGGCGGCGGCCGUGGCGGACCUGGAGGAGGACCUCUCCAUGCCCGACGACGGCGACGACCCCGCGCGCGCGGCGCCGCCCGGGGCCUCGGGCGAGGACGCCGUGUCCAUGUCGGAGAGCUCGAGCAGCGAGGACGAGGGGCAGUCGCAGGCCGUCGUGAAGCGGCUGAUGCAGUACGUGCGGCGCGCGCACCCGGCGUCGGCGAUGCUGCUGUACCCCGGGUACUCGCCCGGGACCGCCGUGUUCAGCAUGGAGCGCGCGCUGUCACUGCAGCUGCGCGAGGACGAGGAGUACGAGUGGGACCACCCGCGCGUGGACGCGCUGAUAGGGAAGCUCAUCUCCUGCCUGCACGGGUCGCACAACACGUCGACGCACGUGGCCGGGAACGCCUCGUGCGCGCUGACGGUGAUCGGCCGCGCCGAGGGGGGCAUGGCGCGCAUCGUGACGCACAAGCGCGCGGGCCGCCUGGGGAAGUACCUGGCGCGGCUGCUGCGCCUGCCGGGGACGGCGAUGGCCGAGUCGCACACCAUCCAAAUCGCCAUCAAGCAGCUCUCGGGGAUGGUCGAGUCGGACGAGGGCGCUCCAUGGGUCCUUGGGCUCCCGGAACGCACCAGGGACUCGCUGUUAGGUCGUAUUCUGGAGCUGAUGGAGCACGAGGACCUCACGCUGUGCACCGAGGCCACGCACACGCUGUCGCAGCUCCUGUUGUACACCUUCCCGGACACCGAGGACGGCGUCGAGCAGCGGCGCAUGGUCUACACGCUCCCGCAGGCGCAGCACCUGCCUGCGAUGCUCGCCCGAAUCAUGGAACGCGGCUGCGGCGAGCGCUCCGAUCGCCCCAGGGACGGCCCGCGACGGCAGAGCGAGGCGGAGAAGUACGCUGGGUGGUACGCGGCGGCGGAGGAGGCGUGCGUGAUCGUCACGGAGCUCAUCCUGGACGACGAUGGCGCGCGGCUGCUGCGGCGAGGCGUGCAGCCGAAGCGCGCCGGCGGGGCGGAAGCCUCGGGUGGGGACGGGGACGAGAGCGCCAGCGAGGACGACACGGCGGCCGCCACCGCGCUGGUGGAGGCCGCGUUCGGGCUGCUUGUGUCGCGCGACAUCGACUGCGUGGCGGCGGGGUCGAACGUGCUGCAGCGGCUGGUGGAGCAGGGGCGUCCGUGGCGGCGGCUGCUGGGCCCGACCGAGGAGCGCAUCAUGCGCCUGUACGCGACCACGGAGACCCAGGGCGCCCACCGCUGGGGCCUGCCGGUGAUCAACCGGAUGCUGUCGGUGCGCGGCUGGCUCAAGGCCUGGUUGUCGCACCCGUCCUUCCCGGUGUUUGCCGCGUGGCUGAUCGCGGAACUGGACUUCCGCGAGGACUCGGACGCGGCGCUGGCGCAGGAGAGCUCGGAGGCGACGUCACCGCCCGAGACGGGCGAGGCAGCGCUCAUGGACCUGCCCACCUCGGAGGCGAUGAUCACGAACCUCCUACGCAUGCUGCGCAACAAGCACACGCGCAGCGCGGGCGCGGCCGCGCUCGGGGCGCUGCAGAAGCACUCGCAGGGCGUGCGCGACCGCCUCGUCCAGGCGCUGCGCGGGCGGCGGGACGGGUGCUGCCUCGCACUCCUCGAGAGCGCCGGGCUCGCUCCAGCGCUGCUGACCGCCCAGCUGCGGUCCCUCGACGUCCCCGAGAAGCGGCAGUGGAUCGCGACACAGCUGCAGCAGGAACUGCGGGCGUUCGGAGCGCCGCCGCUUGACGCGCAGAGCGAGGACGACGAGGGCGCGGCCGAGGAGGACCGCGACGGGGCAGGCAGCACCAGCGGCGGGAGCGACGCCGACGACGCCGGCGGCGCACCCCCUGCCUCUCGGCGGCGCCGGCGGUCGCAGGCGGUGGAGAUCGAGUGCGAGCGAGGCUCGCUGGUCCGCGACCUCUGCCGCGGGGUCGCGGAGGCCCGCGGGAUCGGGACCGACCUGUCGAAGGGAAUCAGCGUCCGGUUCAAGGGCGAGAGCGGGCAGGGCGCGGCGGUCCUGCGGGAGUGGUUUGCCCUGGUGUCGCAGGCGCUGUCCGACAGCUCGUUCAACAUGCUCGUGUCGCGCAACGGCGGGCAGAGCUACGGGCCGAGUCCGACGGCGGCCAUGAUGGGCGCGGAGGGCGCGGGGAGCGAGAGCGAGGACGCGCGGGCCUACUUCGAGACCGUGGGGCGCGUCAUCGGCCUUGGGUUGUACCACAACGUCCCGCUGGACGUGUCGCUCUCGCACUCCGUCCUGCGCUUCCUCCAGGGCGGCGAGCCGUGCGCGCAGGACCUCGCCGCGGACGACCCGGACUCGCACCGGUACACGGUGGCCUUCCUGGAGGAGAACGCCAUCGACGACCUGUGCCUGGGGCUGACGUUCAGCGCGGCCGUGGACCCCGCGGGCGUGCUCCGGGGCGAGGUCGCGCUGGCCGGCCGGUGCCCCGACGACGAGGUGACGGACGCCAACAAGGCGGAGUUCGCCGCCGCGCUCGUGCGGUGGCGGCAGCGCGACGCGGUCCUGCCGCACCUCGAGGCGAUACGGCGCGGGGUCGCAGCCGUCGCGCCUCUGCGGAUCAUCGAGCGGUCGGGGGACUUCAUGAGCCCCGGGGAGCUGUCGUGCGUGCUCUCCGGGGUCCGCAGCAUCGACGUGUCGGACUGGCGACAGCACUCCAAGGUCGAGGGCCAGUACCUGACGUCCGAGGAAGGCAAGCAUAUCGUGGAGUGGUUCUGGGAGAUCGUCGACGACUUUUCGCAGGAGACGCGCAGGAAUCUGCUGCAGUUCGCGACGGCGUCACCGAACGUCCCCGUCGGCGGGUUCUCCCAGCUGCAGUCGGCCCACGGCACCCACCACCCGUUCACCCUCUCCGAGCUCUCCGGCCGCAGAGGCACGGACUCUCUGCCUCGAGCGGGCGCGUGCUUCAACACGCUGUUCCUCCCGCGCUUCUCCUCGAAGGCGGAGAUGAAGGAGAAGCUGCAGAUCGCCAUCGGGAUGGGCAAGGGGCACAUCGACGAGGACGCCAUGGUGAUCGGCAGCUCCGCCGAUCCGUCGCGGGCCAGGGACGGGGACGACCGGCCGCAAGAGACUCCGUCGGAGCCGUCGGACCAGGGAAGCCCAGCAGCGUAG